AGGGGGUCUAUAUAUAGGCUCGAGCAGCGGUCCUGGCGGCGCGCUGCGGGCCCCACCCCCGGGGGGGAUCGAGCUCGAGCAGGCCGGGGCGCCGGAGGCGCGCCGGCCCCGCGCGGUGCUCGGCCUUGGGGGGCGGAUAUGGACGCGGGCGCCGUGCCGCGGGCCCACGGCGGCCGCGCGGUGGCCCUCUCCGUCUCCCUGCGGAACGUGAGCUGGGCGAGGCUGGCAGCGGAUGCGCGGGCGCGGGCCGCCUUCGAGGGCGCCGUUCGGUGGGCCAUCGUCCACGAGGCCGGGGACGACGUCAUGCCGAGGCAGGUCUCGGUGUCGUUCCCCGCGGGCGGCGCCAUCGACCUGCGCCUGGCGGGCUUCCAGGUGCUCGGCCCGGACGGCGACGAGGUGGGCGCCGAGGUGGUCCGCGCGCGCCUCGCGUCCUCGACGACCCUGGCGGACACCAUCGCGGAGCAGGUGAUGGGGGUAGACGAGAUGCACGACAUCUCCACCGGCCGCAUCUGCGUGGACGAGGUGUCCGAGGUGGCCGUCCUGCCGGCCGCCGGGCCGCCGGCCGCGGCCGCGCCCACGCCGGAGCUGGCCGCCCGAGCCCGCGCCGUGCGGGAGCUGCCGGAGCUCGUCGAGGCCGCCGCCGCCGCGGCGCUGAGGAGCUCGCGCCCGGAGUCCCGCGUGGACGUGCUGGACAGCCCCUGGACGUCCCGCGUGGGCAGCGUGGCGGGCGCCAGCAGCCGGCCCCUGUCCGCGUCCACGGCCGGCGUCGCGGUGCUGGACGGCGCCUUCGGCGUGCUGGCGGGGCGGGGGCCCGCCGAGGCGCCGGAGGGCAGCGGCAGCCCGCAGUCCUGGGCGCCCACGCGCGAGAGCCCCUUCACGCUGGGCGGCGAGCUCUCCCCGCUCUCCCCGCUGGACGCCGCGCACGCGGCGCACCCGCGGGCCACGGCGGCCACGCCGCGCCGCCGGCCGCUCACGGCGCCGCCGCUGGGCACGGCGGCGGCCGCCUCGAUGCUCGCCCCGGUGCUCAUGCCCAGGCAGGCGGCCCUGCACACCGGCGGCGGCCUGGCCGGCCUCGGCGACGGCAAGGGCCCGGCCCUGCAGCCGCGCAGCACGCCCUCCACGGAGGCGGCGCACAGCCGCCUGGCCACCACGGCGGGCGGCAGCUCGUCCUCCGCCGCUGGGCACGGCUAA